CACACACAAAAAUCUCUUCAAAAAAAAAAAACUAACGCUGUCCUUUUAUGUAUUCCUUAAAAGAUAUUCUCACUAAAUUUAAGUUCGAAAGAGUCUUGUCUAAUGAUACGCGUACGAAAAUUAUCUAUGUAUUGGGUCAAGUAGAAGAGCAAGACUGCAUUCUCUCUUUUGAAAAGACACAGUUUGACAAUAAAGUCAUUCCAACGCUAGCAUCAGCAGUCGAUCAAGCCAAGAUGGAUGAUCUUGUUGAAAACAAUAUCUAUGGCUGGUGCAUGACUGCACUUGAUUAUGAUGCACUUGAUAUUCGCGUUAAAUCUAUCUAUCCAGCAACAGAUGUUCAUAUUGCAAAAUACGAAGCUCAGUCGCGUGUUAUGCUCUUAGAAACACCCGAAUUGUAUGAGUCCAUCACACUUCCUUAUAUCAAGAGUAUACCUGCCAAGCGUACACAGUGGAUUGACAACAUUUUGAAUGGUUCAGCUGAAGCAGAUCGCGUCAUUUACCACGACCAUGAUCUAGAGACAGGAUUUGUAGUACUACCAGACAUGAAAUGGGACGGUCAACAAGAAACACUUUAUUGGGUUGCUAUCUCUAUGCGCUCAGAUAUUUUAUCUCUGCGGUCUCUAAACAAGAGUCAUUUGGACUUUUUAAAGAAGCUUCGGGAAACAAGUUAUCGUCUUGUGCUGGAAAAAACAGGGUUGACUUCUUCUCAAUUACGCCUAUUCAUUCAUUACCAGCCAUCUUAUUACCAUUUUCAUCUGCAUAUCACAGCUGUUUCGUUUAGUGAUGCUCCAGGUGUUGUUUCUGGACAAGCCCAUUUAUUGGACACAGUCAUUAACAAUAUCGAAUUUUGCUCUGAUUAUUAUCAACGAGUAAGCAUUCCAUUUGUGAUUGGAGAAAGACAUCAACUCUAUGUAGAACAUAAAUGGUAACAAAAACAAAUAAACCGCUUUUCUCUCUCUUUUGUUUCUUUUUAC